GCUCUUGAUCCUCUUGCUGCUGUUUUCGCUUCAUUGCAUCUUCCCUGCUACCACUGCAAUCUCAUUCAUCUUCUUAUCCAUCUUCUAUCGGUCGAUUGAUUGCUUGCUCGCUGCUGCUGCGGUGCGACGAGGAGGGGGACGAGGAAGAAUCGCAUUGGGUAUGAGCUUUGCUCGAGAUUCACUCUGGGGAGAAAUCUUGAGUGUCGUUGCUGUGGCCGGGUGGAGUACGGGCAGAGGAAGCAUACAACAGGGGGCGAUUUGGUGUCCUUCGGAGUGGAGAGUUGUGUGGUGGUGGUGGCAGUGGUAGACGAAGGAGGAGGAGGAGGAGGAGGGCAGAGGACGGGUGGGGAGUGUACAGAAGACUCUAGUCCUGGUCUCGUGGCUGCUGGCUCUUUGGGCUGGCUCGUCGUCCGCAGUUCCUGGUUCUGCGAUUUCCUCUUCGUGUGCAGGCGCAGGCGCAGAGGCCGAGAGGAACCUGGGCGGGAGAGCGCGAGGAUACGAGAGUGCAGAGGCUUAUAUUUUUUAUUUGGUUUUUUAGGGUUAAAGCGCAUUGAGCACAAUGACGGAAAGUAAAGGUGAAGCAAUGAGGGAGAGUGGUGGCGGUACGCCUCUUCGGCUCGAGUCUUGGAAGCUACGCGACGAAGGUAGCGGAAUACUGGGGUCAUCGAAGGUGUCACUUGGAGCUGAUUCUGAUUUCAAAGUGGGUGCAGAUAUUGCCGCUUCUGAAAAUAUCAUACCCCUGUCGCCGCAGUGGCUCUUUUCCAAGCCUACAGAAAGCAAACCACCCGUUGCCACCAUGGAACCCCCGCGGACACCGGGGACCCCAAGUCAUGGUGGGCUCACUAGUGAAGCUCUUAUAAAGGAGCGAUGGCGGGGUGAUGGUGUUGCCCGUGGGGAUGGAGGACGAGAUGUCGGUAGAGAAGGCGGUAGAGAUGGCGGUCGUGACGGAGGGCGGGAUGUGACUAGAGACGCAGAGAGGAAGCGGGAUUGGUGGAGAUCGAUAUCAUUGGAACGCGAUGCUGACAACAGUCGUCGUGAUCGCUGGCGGGAAGAGGAAAGAGAAAACAGCACUGCCGCGCGUAGGGAUCGAUGGAAAGAGGGAGAGAGGGAGACUGCAGAAACUCGUCGAGGGGAGAGAUGGGCUGAAAAUAAUGCAGGUAGAGACGCCACAGAACUCCGUCGCCUUCCGUCCGAUAGGUGGACCGACACAGCUAACAGGGAGACUAGCUUUGAGGCUCGGAGAGACAGUAAGUGGAGCACUCGUUGGGGUCCAGAAGACAAGGACAAAGAGUAUCGGAGAGAGAAAUGGUCAGAGCCUGAGAAAGAAGGAGAGGGCCACCGAGAUAGACACACUCCGAAUCCAAUAAAUAAUAGAGAAGGCGAGAGGGAAUCUGAUAAUGCCACUCGAGAUCGUGCAUGGCGUCCGCACUCGUUUAUGAGUCGCGGACGUGGAGAAGCUCCUCCUCCGGGAGCCACCCCACCAAAAUUUGCACCUGGUUUUGGUGUGGGAAGGGGAAGAGGAGAUGGGCCAAAUGUAGGUUUUGCUGCCGGUCGCGGUCGUGCAAAUUUUUCUGGAAGUGGUCUACUUCAUGGACCCCCGGCUGGAGGUCCUAUUGGUGCUCCACCUGUUCCUGAUAAAUGGGAUAGUAGUCAAGGGAAAUCUAGUCCUCUCCAGGACAAUAUGUUUCGGUACCCGAGGGGUAAGCUUCUUGAUGUUUAUAGGAAGGUUGGGAGCUCAUCGACUUUCACCAGAUAUCCGGAAGGAUUUACGGAAGUACCUCAGCUUACGCAACCGGAAGUCCUGGAGCCUCUUGCCUUUUUCCCUCCUGAUAUGGAAGAGGAGGUUGUCUUAGAAGGUAUUAGGAAGGGAGAGAUUGUUAGCAGCGGAGCCGUGCAUAACUCUACUGGAAAGGAUAACUCUACCACGGUCGUGACUACAGUAGGCCGCGGUCGAUUGGCCGCUGAAGAUGGACCAGGCCGAGGUAGAGGUCGUGGUCGUGGCAUAGGUGGUAAAGAAGAGGGACUUUUCGACAGUCAUAGGGAGGAUGAUUUCUUUGACGCUCCUGGAUUCGGUGAUGUCCGUGGAGGAGAUGGCGGUGCUUUUGACAAACUUGCAGAGGCACGGUACGCAGAUGCAGAUAGUGGUGAGACUUGGGAGCAACACAGUCGGAGUGAAAGUGCCCAGGACUUAGAAGGAGGUAGAGAGGAGGCUGGUUGGAGACAACGGAAGAGUGGAGAGGAUGGAGGCGCAAUUGGUAACUUCAGUAGAGAAGAUUCCGGUUGGCGACAGCGCAGCGAUGGUUCCUGGAGAAGUCGAAGGAACGGUGAUGAGUCAUCUGUACCUUCCAAGGACGAGAAGAAUUGGAGAAAUGAACGGAAUUCUCGAGAGGAAAAUAGUUGGCGGCAAAGUAGAGGCGAAGAUGACUCCAGAGAAGAAUACCCCGGUAGAUCUGAGAGGGGUCCUGGCCAAGAAAAAGAAAAAUCUUCUGGUAAUUUCGAAGACGAAAGUCCAAAUUCCAGCGUCAGUGAGAGGCGCUGGCACUCUGAGAAUUCCUAUCAGAGGAGCGUAGAUCAUGAGAAGUCUGAGGAACUGUCUUCCUCUGGUAUGGGCACAUCAGGUGCUACCAGGGGGAGCCAGUAUUCUGGAUCCUCUGACAGGGAGAUCUCCAACAAGCCCAACUCUCGUCACAUUCCACCAGAAGAGUUGAGUUUAUUUUACACAGAUCCGCAAGGAGAGAUGCAAGGGCCAUUUUUUGGCUCAGAUAUCAUUGAUUGGUUUGAAGCUGGUUUCUUUGGUGUUGAUCUUCCAGUGCGCCUCGCGGAUGCACCACCAAAUGCUCCAUUCACUUCCUUGGGAAAUGUAAUGCCACACUUGAAGCCGAAGGCCCGAGUGCCACCAGGAUUUGAUGCUCUGAAGCAGGUCGAAGAACAAAUCGAGGCUAUCUCAAAGAUCGAGGUCGAUAGUUUAUCUGUUAAUUUUGCACGGCAUACCAGCUUGUCGGCUUCUGGGACAGAUACUGGAAUGAUAGAGACAAAGGAGUUACAAGGUAAACCUCCUUUGCCGAAGAUGGAAGUCAUGAAUAAUGUUGUGGAUGCAUCUGAGGCUGCUUCAUUGUCUGGAGACACACGACUCAGUCGGGAAGACCAGAUGAAGGAAUCCUUUCUUGAUCCGAAAGAAGAUAUACCUGUGGAUAGGCUGUUCGGUCCCAGAGAUGGUCCAGGAUUGGAUAGAACGUACUCCAUGCGUCGUCGAAUGUCUGCAUUUCCUCGGGUUGAAUCAGAAGAAUUGGAAUCGGCCAGGCACCCCUCACCAAGUCUCUUUUCUCAGUGGGCCGGGCAAGACGGAGAGCCUCCAUCGUCAGUUAGUAUGGAGGCUCCAAUGCCCCUACCUAACCAUCAUUCUUUCAGGGGGCCUCCAUCAGCCAAUCACCUUCCAGUUUCCAGGCCGUCAGAUUUGCUGCCGAUGUUGCAGGGAGUGAACAGCCAUGUACCACUUGGACCUCAACCUGAUCGUGGCUGGCCUGACAUGCGGGGCGAUUUGAUGCGUUCUCUCUCAGACGUACCAUCUCCUCACCAUAACAUGCCUCCUGGUGGUGGGGUCGAUCACUCACAUAUUCACCCGCUGGAAAUGCAGCAUCUUCAACGAUUCGGUUUGAUGCAGGCAGGAGGUCUUCCUUCAAUUCAGCGUCAGCUAUCACAGCCCUCUCCGCAAGUGCUUCCUCACCAGCAACAGAUGCCAGCUGGUGGACCUGCACUGGAUCAAAUUCUUCGUCCUGGUCUUGCUCGUGAACUUCAAACGCUUAAUAUGAUACAGCAGCAGCAACAACAGCAGCAGCAGCAGCAGCAGUAUCAGCCUCCGUUGCCAAUCCCUCCAUCAGGGCCUGUCUUGGAUCAGCUUUUACGACUCCAGCAGCAGCAGCAACAACAACUACCUCCCCAAGUUUUGUUGGAACAGCUCCUUAGACAACACCAGAACCACCACUUCGAUCAUGUUCACAGACAGCCGCCAUCUGCGGGUCCAGUAAGCGGGCUUGCGGAUCAACUGCUCAUGCGACAGACUCAUGAAAUGGCACAGCCUCCUCAACAUCCUCUUGGCCCUCGUGGUGCCAGCUUUGAUCAGCUUCACCAGGGCAGGCAUCAACCUGCGCCUGUAAUGGACCAACUUCUCCGCCAUCGUCAACAAGAACAACAACAGCAACAGCAACAGGUGAGGCAGUUUGGCCAUUCGCAACCGCCAAGGCCCAGUGUUGACGAAAUGCGUAUCUCUGGAGUUUGGGAAGUGGAUGAGUUCGGUCAGUUUGUGCGUACCCAAGCUCAAGCUCCUCUGAGGCCAUUCGAUACGCUGAAGCCACAACCACAGCAACCACAACAGCAGCAGCAGCAGCAGCAGCAGCAGCAGCACCAUAUGCCAAGCUCCUUGGGCAUGUUGCAAGGCUCCAUGCAGCAUCCUCAAGUCCAAGGUCCUCCUCAGCCAGAAAGCCAAGGAGUUUUUGGAUAUGAGUCUGCCACAAGUGUGAGAGGUCCGGCUAGUCUGUUUGACCCUAAUUUGGCAAGAAUUGAGAGGAGUUUGUCAUCUAUGGGAGGGUCUCAGAGAAAGGACAUUGGAGUCGCUGCAGAUUUAGUGGCACAACUUCAAGAGCAAAGAGCAAGGAUUGAGAGGGCAACUAGUGUCCCUUAUUCUGAAUCUUCCGGAUCAUUUUCUCUAGGGUUUCAAUCACAAACCCAAGAUAGACAACCCGAAGCCGGAGCUCUAGGAUGGACCGUACCCACAAGCAGCCCAUCAGGAGAUUUAGAUGCACCUGGGAAGGUGAACGACCGACGAUCAUCGCCUCAAGAUGACGUUAACAUUGUCGAUUCUCACCAGUCUCAGCUGGGAGGGCUUGGUUGGCAAUAUAGAUCAGACUCUCAUCAUGAAGCUAACACCUACCUUGAAAAGGGGAAAGAGAGCAGUACUUUGCCUCCUCUUUCAAAAGUAUUUGGAGGCCAUUCUUGGGAGGAUUCUCAUGAUUUUGGGCGGAAGGAGCUGCCCAGCCAAGGGCUAUCUAGUUCCAAGCCCGAUCCCAUGCCUCCUCAGGCGUUGCUUAGUGAUAUACCAAUAGCGAUCGUGUCUGACCAGCAGAAUUCUACUGAAAGUUGGUCUUCAGGCCUUCAAACAGACACUUCACCUCAAAACUCGGUGCCCGAAACAGCUCCGAUGCCCAGCCAACCAGUCUGGAAACCUGCUGCCGUACCAAAGCCGAAGUCCCUGAUGGAAAUCCAACAAGAAGAAGCAGAACGGAGAAUGGCGGAGGAAAAAGCUGCAGCCGAUGCAGCAUCGCGCUUAAUGUCCUUGAGUGCUACUGGAAACUCGAACAAUUCCGGACCGUGGACUGCCACAGCAGUUUCUCAAACAAAAUCUUUGAGAGAAAUUCAGGAAGAGGAGGGCCGCAGAGCCGCAGCCCUUGGCCAUUCUGGUUCGUCCACUUUUGCUUCUCCUCUUGCUUCGAGUGGAAAGGGUGAGUCUCCUUGGACUAUUUCAACCCAACCAUCAAGUGGUGAGAAGUCAAACAUACGAGACGCGAUUGUCGAAGAGGUAUUAGUGAGUGCACCAAGUAAGAAGGGUGGGGAUGUUCCUGCCUCUGAUAUCUCAACCAGCCAGGUCACUGCACCUGCACCUGCUGCCACUCCACCUCCAGCCUCUGCGGCAUUUGACGAUUCCGACUUUGUGGAACCUAAAGAAUCCAAGAAGAGCAAGAAACGGGCCUCUAAAGCUAAGGGUUUGGUAAGCAAGACGACUCCUACUUCCACUCCAGAACCUGUCCAGAUCUCACCAUCAACAUCCUCCAAGAACCUUGCAGCUCGACUGGCUCAACAUGACCUUGCCAAAGAGGUCUUACCUGCACCUCCUCCAGGCCCCUCUUUGGCAGAUUUUCUGCAGCUCAAGGAAGAAGUGGUUUCCCCGCAGCCACUACCUGCUUGGUCAAUGGAUCUAAGCAAGAAAACUACCAAAUCCUUGAAAGAAAUCCAAGAAGCUGAAAGGCGUGCAAGGGAGGAGCAGGAAAGGCAGUUAAGGGCUGAAGUGAUGCAAGUUUCUGCCCCUAUCAAACCAAUUGUAGCUCGUACCACCAGUGGAUCAGGUGCAUCUGCCUGGCAACGCCCUUCAGUGUCCCCAUCUCCACAAACUUCAAGUGCUGUCCAAUCCAGCUUUGCAGCACCAGUAGCUGCUCCACCAUUGGCUCCAGCCAAUAGCAAUUCUCGAUCAAAAACAGGUGUCUUUGAAGAUGAUGAUGAGUUGUUUUGGGAUUACAGUGAAGAUGUGACACUUAAGAUUGGUGCUGUCAAGCAAGCAACGAAAGCUGAACGGCCAGAAUUUCCGUCUCUGACCGCAGCAGGGAAAGUGGCCGCUUCCAAAGGUCCAGCCACGAAGGUUCCUUCAGUAGUAACACCGACAUCAUCACCAGUACCUGUCCCUUCACCAACACCAGCUUCUGCAUUCCGGCAGGCGGCAGCAGGUGUAGCAUCCCCUCGUGUAAGUCCCAUGGAGUUCCCAUCGUUAUCGGCCAUUGCGAGUGCGAACAUCAAAUCUGCGCCAGUGAAAAGUAAGAAGCAGCAACCAACUACGAAGCGAGCCAACGAAGAUUCAGCUACAUCCUCAGUCGUUCAACCUACAGCUGUGGUUACAACUGAGGGCAAAGCCUUUCGACAAUGGUGUGAACAGCACAUAAAGAAGCUGACGGGAAAUGAUGACAUGACUCUUGUCGACUUCUGCAUUUCGCUUCCAUCAGUUGCAGAGGCUGGAGAGUACUUGACACAGUAUCUUGGAUCCGGCCCCACUGUGCAAAGUUUUAAGACUGAGUUUCUCCGGCGGAAAGAGAUGAUGCCUUCUGAUAUCAUUCGGACGGUUUUCCCUGUGAGUGAUGCAGUGAUCAGGGAUGAAUCUUUGAAUAAGAGUAAUGGUAAGAAGGGAGAUCUCAAGAGUAAACUUGUGGCCUCUUCGACCACUAACAAGGAGGACGACAGUGGCUUUACAGAUGCGGAUGGAAACUCCACCAAAGCAGGCAAGAAGAAAGGUAAGAAGGGCAAGAAGGUGGUUGAUCCCUCUCUUUUAGGAUUCAGUGUCACAAGUAAUCGGAUCAUGAUGGGUGAGAUUCAGCACAUUGAGGAUUAGUGCUCAUCGUAGAUAGUAUCCGUACAUGAUCUAUCGGAUGAUGUAAAAUUUCAAUCAGGUGAUGUAGGUGGAACCAUUCGUUUAAGGUAUAGGGUGUGCUCCAGUAGACUUAGAGCAUACGAAAGGUCAUUGAGACCCUUUGAGGGGGCUCAAGAUUUAUGAACUUUGCUUGCCUUAAGCAACUGCCUUGUUUGGUUGCUCUAGCUUGACGUCUUGUAGAUCUUCCUAUGUCCAUUAAAUGAGGAAGGUAGGGUGUCAGGUCCUGGCCUUUAAGUAGGUGAGGUUGGUGGAGGGUUGCUGAUAUUGUGCUGUGGCCACAACCGCGGUCCCUUUUGUCAGCAGAUCUGUAUAUGUGCUGCAAAUGUAUCAAAUUAUUGAUUGCGUGCAGUCAUUCUCUUGAACAGUGUAACGGUUUGUGAAGUCGCGACUUGUAAGCUUCUUUUGAAUGUACACGACUUUGGAAUUUUUUCCUG